CCGGGCAUACCACUCUCUUGGGUCUUGGUUUAACACUAAUCGCGCUCGUCUUUACGAAAAUGCGCGUGUUUAACUCAACAGUAGAACCCUAAUAACUCCAAAAGAGUAAAGCAAAAGACACGUCCCCACUGGAGCGAACUACCCUCCUCUGUUCUCCUCCUCCUCUUCCUCCUCCUCCUUAGGUCGCGCAUAAUGUUGCUUCCCACGAGCUACAUUGUGCUCACAUGGCUUCUCAGCUCCAUAUCUCCCGCUAAAAUGGCAAUGCUCAACCUCACGCUCCCUGGUCAGCACCCAGAUCCCGAAUCCGUCGUCCACGAUGUGCACAGGAGAGUGAAUGCUUCCAUGGCUAGAAGGCAAAUGCUGGAAACGACCGAGAGCGAGGACGCCUCGUGCCUGACCGGCAACCCGGUCGACGACUGCUGGAAGUGCGACCCGGACUGGGCCAACAACCGGCAGCGGCUGGCCGACUGCGCGAUCGGGUUCGGCCAGUACGCCCUUGGCGGCAAGAACGGCGAGAUAUACAUCGUCACCGACUCGUCGGACGACGACGCCGUGGAACCGAAGCCGGGCACGCUGCGGUACGCGGUGAUCCAGGAGGAGCCGCUGUGGAUCGUCUUCCCGGCCAACAUGCUAAUAAGGCUGUCGCAGGAGCUCAUAUUCAACAGCUACAAGACGGUAGACGGCCGCGGCGCGAACGUCCACAUCGUGGGAGGCGGGUGCAUCACGCUGCAGUACAUCAGCAACGUCAUCAUACACAACAUCCACAUCCAUGAUUGUCAUCCAUCAGGGGAAACGAACGUGCGGUCAAGCCCGACCCACUGGGGUUGGCGGACGAUGUCGGAUGGAGAUGGGAUAUCGAUAUUCGGGGCGAAGGACAUAUGGAUCGACCACUGCUCGCUGUCGCACUGCAAGGACGGCCUCAUCGACGCGGUGAUGGGUUCCACUGGGAUCACCAUCUCCAACAACUACUUCUCCCACCACAACGAGGUGAUGCUGCUCGGGCACAGCGACGAGUACCUGCCCGACUCCGGCAUGCAGGUCACCAUUGCCUUCAACCACUUUGGCGAGAACCUGGUGCAGCGGAUGCCCCGGUGCCGCCGCGGCUACAUCCACGUCGUGAACAACGACUUCACGCAGUGGGAGAUGUACGCCAUCGGCGGCAGCGGCAGCCCCACCAUCAACAGCCAGGGCAACCGUUACAUAGCCCCCUCUAACACUAAUGCCAAGGAGGUGACGAAGCGCGUGGACACGGACCAUUCGAAGUGGAGGGACUGGAAUUGGAGGUCGGAGGGGGAUAUAUUGGUGAACGGCGCCUUCUUCGUGGCGUCGGGCGAGGGCUUGGAGGUCAAGUAUGAGAAGGCGUACAGCGUCGAGCCCAAAUCGGCGGCGUACAUCGAUCUCAUCACUUGGCACGCCGGUGUUCUCGGUGUCGGCGGCAGGGACAACAACCUGGGGGAGUGGAACACGAGGGCCAAGUUUCAAGGAAGCGAAGCAGCCGACCGGCCCUCCUCGACAUCCCCUUUCAUCGUCUUUAUCGCGGCAUUGUCUUGCCUCUCGCUUUUGUAUGCCGAUGUUUUCGCAUCAGGCUUGUUGUAGCCCCCAAGAAAACAGAGAACAACCCCAACUAAUUCAUCAUGGACUGUCUUUCUUUUUACCCAA